AUGGAGUCUCUUUUUACAUCUCUAGAUUUAUACAAUUAUGUAAUGGAUAAACUUAAGCAACCUAUUUCUUUAUCACUUAAAUUAAGUUUAUUAUUUAAAUCUAUUCAGAAAGACUUUCUUGUUGAUAAAUACAUGGUAGUAAUUUUUUUAAAUUAUAUCAGAUGUCUUAUAAAUUUACAAAGUGAUGAUAUCUUAUUAAUCUUUAAGACUAGUAAACUUAAAUAUUUUAAAUAUUGGUGCUUUUGGAGAGAAUAUUUAAGUUAUAUUAUUAGUGUUGGAGAAAAAAUUGAUAAAAUAAUAGACGAAGGUAUUAAAUUUUUAAAUGUUAAAGAAUUUAAAGAUAAACAAAAGAUUUUGGAUUUUUUAUUACAAAUUAAAGAAGAUAAAGAUAGACAGAAAUAUAUUUAUAAUUGGACCAGUGAAUGGAUGACAAUAGAGAAUAUAGAUGAAAGUUGUAAUGUUAAAGAAGAAUCAGGUCUAAUUAUUGCUAAAUGUGCCUUUGAAAAUUCAAAAGAUGUGCAAUUUACAGAUCAUUUAUAUUCUCCUGCUUAUAAAAAAAGUCAUAAAUCAUUUCCUAAUACACCUAUUACUGAUGAUGUAAAUAAAUAUUCAUACAAAGAUGGCAUUAUAGAUUGUAAUAAAGUUAUAAAGUGUAAAAUAGAAGAUAUUACACUAGGUGAAGAUACUAAUCUUUUUAAAAUGGGACUUAAAUCAUCAAACAAUGAUAAACUAGAAAUUAAGAAUUACAAAGAAGAUAAUAAAGUUGUAGAAGUCGACUUUAAGCAUGAAAACGAGCAAAUAAAUAAAGAAAAUUUAAAAAAUACAAAUUACAGAAAAAAUAAGGAACAAGAAUUUUUUACCUUAAAUGGUAAAAAAUUGCUAAAAAUCAAUAUUAUUGGUAAGGGCGGUAGCAGUAAAGUAUAUAAAGUUUUUUAUGAAAGUGAGUUUUAUGCUUUGAAAGUUAUAAAUAUUGAAAUGGAUAGCACACUAAAAAAUCUUCUUUUAGAAGAAAUAGAUUUACUUAAAAAAUUACAAAGUGUAGACGGAAUAAUAAAAAUGAUUGAUUAUGAAAUUUUAACAGAUAAUAUUUAUAUUUUACUUGAAUAUGGAGAAACAGUUUUAAAUCAAUUUAUGAAGAGUGAUAAAAAAGAUAUAUUUUUACAUAGUAAUAGAGUUAAGUACAUUUGGCAAGAAAUUUUGUUAAUUGUAUUAAACAUACAUGAUCAAAGAAUCAUUCACGGAGAUCUUAAGCCUGCAAAUUUUGUAUUUGUAAAAAAUAAACUAAAAAUUAUUGAUUUUGGUAUAUCUAAAGCUUUAAAUAGUAAUACGACACGUCUAGAUCUUGAUAUGGUUUGCGGGACUUUAAAUUAUUGCGCACCAGAAUUAUUUUUUGAAAAUAGAAAAAGAAGAAGUAGUGAUGUUUGGUCAUUGGGUAUUAUUUUAUAUGAAUUGUGGUAUGGGAAAACACCUCUAGAUGCCUAUAAAACAUAUUUAGAAAAGAAAGAAAACAUUGUUAAUAUACGAAAAAAUUUAAAGUUAACAUCUAAAGUAGAUUUAGUGAUAUAUAUGUGUUUAAAUGAAGAUUGUAGGCAAAGGCCUACAGUGAAAGAUUUAUUAAAAGAUAAAUUUAUUUGUAAUUCUUUAGAUUAA